AUGGUCUUUCACUAUGGACGAUAUUCCGAACACGUCAUUUAUGGAAUGCAUUCGGAUACUCGUGUGCUUCGCAUGCUGCCGGAGCUUGUGGUGUUUUACUCGUUUUUGUCUUAUAUGUUACUCCAAUGUCGUUUUUGUAAGUUUUACAUAAGUUUACUUAUUUAG